GUGCGAGCGAACAAGGUUUAGAGAGAGAAACAGAGGACGGGUUCGCUGGGGGGAAGAGAGAAAAAGUUUAGAGAGAGACAGAGAAAAGAGCAGAUUUCUUUGGUUGUGUGGGCCGCAGAUCGAGUUAGGGCUUCGGUCUUUCUCUUUCUCACUCUACAAAGCCUCAUCUCAAUUGCCAUUAUUCUUGCUUCACUCUCAUUUCCAUUUCUUCAUCCUUCAUUCUCAUUCAUUAGCCCUCAAAUUAAAGCCCCUAAUUAUCAGUUGUUUAUCGGAUUUUUUCAUUUUUCAUUUUUCAUUUUCACUUUUCGAUUGCACUAGCCUGGUCAGUGUUCCCUGUUAGACAGUGAGUGAGAGAGAGAGAGAGAGAGAGUUGUGGUUGUGUUCAGGAGGAUCGAGGUUUUUAAAGAGAGAAUGGCAAAUAUUGACAUAGAGGGAAUUUUGAAGGAGCUCCCCAACGAUGGGCGGAUACCAAAGACUAAGAUCGUUUGCACCCUCGGACCUGCUUCGAGGUCUGUUCAGAUGAUUGAGAAGCUCUUGAGGGCUGGCAUGAACGUUGCGAGGUUCAAUUUCUCUCAUGGAACUCAUGAGUAUCAUCAGGAAACCCUAGAUAAUCUCAGGAUCGCUAUGCAAAACACUCAGAUCUUAUGCGCUGUCAUGCUGGAUACUAAGGGUCCUGAGAUCCGAACAGGCUUUCUCAAGGAUGGGAAACCAGUCCAGUUAAAGGAGGGCCAGGAGAUCACUGUAACUACUGAUUAUAGCAUUAAGGGUGAUGAGAAUAUGAUUUCUAUGAGCUAUAAGAAAUUGGCUGAGGACUUGAAGCCUGGGAAUACUAUCUUGUGUGCUGAUGGCACUAUCACUCUCACUGUUCUCUCAUGUGAUCCUGCUGCUGGGACUGUGAGAUGCAAAUGUGAGAACACGGCUCUACUUGGUGAGAGAAAGAAUGUGAACCUUCCUGGUGUGGUGGUUGAUCUUCCUACACUUACUGAGAAAGAUAAAGAGGACAUAUUGGGGUGGGGCGUUCCUAACAAAAUUGACCUGAUUGCUCUCUCAUUUGUCCGUAAGGGUGCAGAUCUUGUUAAUGUCAGGCAGGUUCUUGGGGAGCAUGCGAAGCACAUAAAGCUCAUGUCCAAGGUCGAGAACCAGGAGGGCGUGGUCAACUUUGAUGAGAUCCUCAGGGAGACUGACUCCUUCAUGGUUGCUCGUGGCGACCUCGGAAUGGAGAUCCCAGUUGAGAAGAUAUUCCUUGCCCAAAAGAUGAUGAUCUACAAGUGCAACCUGAUUGGGAAACCUGUGGUCACUGCCACCCAAAUGCUUGAAUCCAUGAUCAAGUCUCCUCGUCCCACUCGAGCCGAGGCCACUGAUGUGGCCAACGCAGUGCUGGAUGGCACUGAUUGCGUCAUGCUCAGUGGUGAGAGCGCUGCCGGUGCCUACCCUGAGCUUGCUGUCAAGAUCAUGGCUCGCAUAUGCAUUGAGGCCGAGUCGUCACUUGACUAUGGUGCCAUCUUCAAGGAGAUGAUCAGGUCGACCCCGUUGCCUAUGAGCCCUCUUGAGAGUCUUGCUUCUUCAGCUGUCAGGACUGCAAACAAGGCUAAGGCCACUUUGAUUGUUGUCUUGACUCGUGGUGGCACCACUGCUAAACUUGUGGCUAAGUACAGGCCAGCGGUUCCUAUCCUCUCAGUGGUGGUGCCAGUCUUGACGACUGAUUCUUUUGACUGGACAAUUAGCGAUGAGACACCUGCUAGGCAUAGCUUGAUCUAUAGGGGGUUGAUCCCUUUGUUGGCUGAGGGGUCGGCCAAGGCCACCGAUGCCGAGUCGACUGAGGUCAUUUUGGAUGCAGCGUUGAAUUCAGCAACUGAAAGGGGGCUUUGCAAGAAGGGUGAUGCUAUCGUGGCAUUGCAUCGUAUUGGGGCAGCUUCUGUCAUAAAGAUCUGCAUUGUUAAAUGAGUGAGUGGUAGAUAGCUGGUGAUUUGAGUCUUAAGGGGUCAUCCUCUUGUUGUUGUCUGAGAAGCUCAUGCAUUCAGCUCUUGUUUUUUUGUCCUUUCCUUGUUUCAGUGGGGUAUGUUCAGCAUCAGAUGCUGUUUUGAAACUUGUUCUUGUGACUCUUUUGCGUGCCUGUUGGGGCCUUUUGUGGGCACCCAUUAUUUUUGGAUGUCUUUAAUUAUGUGGUAUUAGAGCUACUAUGUUAGAAUUCCCAUUUAUUCUGAGGAUUGCUUGAGGAA